ACCUGCUAUAUUCGAAAACGCCAUCAGUUUGUAGAACUGUGUAGAACUUUCUAUCGCAACCAACGGAAGUCUGCUACUUUUGAGUCGACUACAUGAUUAAAUCAAAAUUUUUUAUUCUAGACUAAUCUAGACUGGCAUUCCCUUUAGCUAUAGAAGUAUAGAUAUAGACAGCCAGUACUCAAGGCCAUUCAAAUUCCUCGUCACUAAAGAUUAAAGGUAUCGACAACGAGUGUUCACAAUUAUAAUAUCUCUGACGCUGACCGUAUUAAAACAUCAUGCCAAAGAAUAAAGGAAAGGGAGGUAAAAAUAGAAGAAGAGGAAAGAAUGAGAACGAGACUGAAAAGAGAGAAUUGGUAUUCAAGGAGGAUGGACAAGAAUACGCCCAAGUGACAAAAAUGCUGGGCAAUGGUAGACUAGAAGCCAUGUGCUUCGAUGGAGUCAAGCGACUGUGUCACAUUCGAGGAAAGCUUCGAAAGAAAGUAUGGAUAAAUCAGGGAGAUAUUAUAUUAAUUGGUUUACGAGAUUACCAAGAUGCUAAAGCGGACGUUAUAUUGAAAUAUACGGCUGACGAAGCACGUAACUUGAAAACUUAUGGUGAAUUCCCAGAAACUGUACGUAUCAAUGAUACAGUUACCUUUGUGGAAGAUGGAUUUGAUGAAGACAUUGAGUUUGGUGAUGAAAUUAGCGACAAUGAUGAAGAUGAUGUUGACAACAUCUGAUGACCUGCGAUGUAAUAAUAAAAAAAAGGUAUGUCAUGAAAAUGCAUGGGGACAUCUAUUCAUUUCAUAAAAUAUUAUAUGUCAAAGUUUUCUUCUAUCAAAUAGCUCAUCUCUCUGUAUGUAUUUACAAAUAAAUUGUCAGUUCAUGGAUAACAUGUUCCAAUUUCAGUAGUCAUAUUCUGUAUUUGUAAGUUUUAUAGGAACAUGAAUUCUUUUCUAAUAGGAAAAUUUAUAGUUGAUAUUUAACAUAUAUUAAAUCUAAAUUUUCCAUUAUUUUAAGUACACUACAUGUCAGAUUUACUAGAUUUAUGUUUGUGUACCAAUAUCAAUAUGUAUGACAGUUUCGUGAUCAUCUCUCUAUAUUUUUCUGCAUUUCGUAUAUUAUCUGCCAGUAUGAACAUGUAUAUCAUCAUUUGAGCAGAAAAUAGUAAUGUACAUCACAGCAAGUACACUCUUUUAUAUGUUGAAGUGUUUCAUUCUAAAAUAUCCAUUGAGAAACGAAAUAACACAAUUAGAGAUCUCGUCCUCUGUCAGAUUUCGACGAGAUUUUAGAGCCAGUACAAUUAGUAAAUUGAUAAAUUAAAAGACAACUUGGGAUGGUUCCUAGUGAGCAGAAAAACUUUUUGUCUUAGAAUGAUUAUUAUUAUAGUUUGAUUGAUUAAACACAUUGGUAAUAAUGAUACAGUCGUUUAUUACGACAAAUAACGUAUGCCAGAUGUAAUUCUCGGAAUAUACGUUUUAUUAUGUAUCUCAGUGCAAUUGUUCAAUACAUGUUAUUCUUUGUUACAUCAAAAGAGGACUAUAGUGUGUGCUACAUUUCGACAAUUAACAUCAGCUAUUAGCGAUGAAAAUGUACAAUUAAUCAUUUUUAUGUAAUGAAAAAACCUGGAAAAUAAUAUUAUUGUUUAUUUAUGUACAAUUAAGUGAAACAAUAAGAUACAAUUGUAACCUCGAAUUCUUUUCAUAUGUUAAAUAAAAUUGCUUAUGUUUAACAAAUUCUAAAAA